CGCGAAACUAGUCACAGUGUCUUUACCAUUUGCCCAUCGAUAGCUACGCUUCAACACCGGUGUCACAAUGCCAAAGGAUUAUCAAGCCGAGAAAGAAAAGUGCAAGACCUUCUUGCAGGAAUUUUACAAGGAAGAUGAAAGUGGAAAGAAGCAGUUCAAGUAUGGAGCACAACUGGUUAAUAUCGCUCACAGAGAGCAGGUUUCUCUUUACAUUGAUUUGGAUGAUCUGGCAGAAGAAGACCCAGAGUUGGUUGAUUCAAUCUGUGAGAAUACAAGAAGAUAUACUAACCUCUUUGCAGAUGCUGUUCAGGAGCUGCUACCGGAGUAUAAAGAAAAAGAGGUGGUGCAUAAAGAUGCUUUAGAUGUAUAUAUUGAGCAUCGGCUUAUGGUCGAACAGCGAGGUAGAGAUCCCAAUGAGAUUCGUGACCCCCACAACCAGUAUCCACCUGAGCUUAUGCGAAGAUUUGAACUUUACUUCAAGGCACUGAGCAGUGCAAAAGCACGUGUGGUGAGAGAUGUAAAGGCUGAUUCAAUUGGAAAGUUGGUGACAGUUCGUGGAAUUGUCACCAGAGUCACAGAAGUAAAACCCAUGAUGGUGGUAGCAACCUACACAUGUGACCAAUGUGGUGCUGAAACUUACCAACCUAUUCAGUCUCCAACAUUCAUGCCUCUCUUAAUGUGCCCAAGUAAAGAAUGUCAAACUAACAGGUCUGGCGGAAGACUCUAUCUUCAGACUCGUGGCUCUAAGUUUAUAAAGUUCCAGGAAUUAAAGAUUCAGGAGCAUAGUGACCAAGUUCCAGUGGGUAACAUCCCUCGCUGUAUGACUGUUUAUGUGCGUGGAGAAAACACUCGUCUGGUACAACCUGGAGACCAUGUCGGUAUAACAGGAGUCUUUCUGCCAAUGCUGAGAAGUGGGUUCCGGCAAGUGGUACAGGGGCUGCUCUCUGAGACAUAUCUUGAUUCUCAUCGGCUGGUGAAGAUGAAUAAAACAGAGGAUGAUGAGCUGGGCAAUGAGGCGUUAACUGAGGAAGAGCUUAGGCAAAUUACAGAGGAGGAUUUCUAUGAGAAGCUAGCAGCCUCCAUUGCUCCUGAGAUUUACGGCCAUGAAGAUGUGAAAAAGGCGCUUCUGCUUCUCUUGGUUGGUGGAGUUGACCAUUCACCCCGUGGUAUGAAGAUCAGAGGCAAUAUUAAUAUCUGUCUAAUGGGAGAUCCAGGAGUAGCCAAAUCACAGCUUUUGUCCUACAUUGAUCGUCUAGCACCACGCAGUCAGUACACAACAGGUCGUGGUUCAUCUGGAGUCGGUCUUACUGCUGCAGUGAUGAAAGAUCCUGUUACAGGCGAGAUGACUUUGGAGGGAGGAGCUCUGGUUCUUGCUGAUCAGGGUGUGUGUUGCAUUGAUGAAUUUGAUAAAAUGAUGGAUAGUGACAGGACUGCAAUCCAUGAGGUCAUGGAGCAGCAGACUAUCUCUAUUGCCAAGGCUGGGAUUAUGACCACAUUGAAUGCUCGUUGCUCCAUUCUUGCAGCUGCUAAUCCAGCCUAUGGGAGGUAUAACCCAAAGAAGAGUAUAGAGCAUAAUAUUCAACUACCUGCUGCCUUACUGUCUCGAUUCGACUUGCUUUGGCUAAUCCAGGACAAACCAGAUAGAGAUAAUGACCUCAGGCUUGCCCAACAUAUAACUUAUGUUCAUCAACACAGCAAACAGCCACCUUCACAGUUCCAGCCUCUGGACAUGAAACUUAUGAGGCGUUACAUUUCAAUGUGUAGGAGCAGUCAACCAUCCAUCCCUGAAUCCCUGGCUGAUUAUCUGACUGCUGCCUAUGUAGAAAUGAGGAAGGAGGCACGUACCAACAAAGACACAACAUUUACUUCAGCUCGAACUCUUCUGUCUAUUCUUAGGCUCUCUACAGCUCUAGCUCGAUUGCGUCUGGUGGAUACUGUGGAGAAGGAAGAUGUAAAUGAAGCAAUGAGGUUAAUGGAAAUGUCAAAAGACUCUCUUCUGGGAGACAAAGGACAAGCAUCCAGGACACAACGGCCUGCUGAUGUCAUAUUUGCCACAAUUAGAGAAAUGGUUCCAGAGAAAGGGCCACGUAGUGUAAAGUUCACAGAAGCGGAACAGAGAUGCGUUUCCAAAGGUUUCACCCCUGCUCAGUUUGAGGCUGCUCUGGAAGAGUAUGAAGAGCUCAAUGUUUGGUUGGUUAAUCAGGCUCGUACCAAGAUUACAUUUGUCUGACCUUGGUUUCCGUCAUGGAAACUCUUAUAAGCUUCUGGACUUCUUGCAUCAGACUCAAUUCUUGGGAUUGUCCUGCUUUCAUAAAGGAUUUGGCUUUACGCCUGGACUAUUUCCUUCCCCCAAAACUUAUUUUGAUAUUUCCCCCCAUCUGGAUAAUAGCCUUUUAGAAUUGGCUCAAUAGACAUUUUGUAGGAAAUGCCAUGUAAUGCAAACCUUUCCGAAUCCUGUUGCGAAUACUUUAGCACUUUUUAUCCAUUUUCCCAUCUGUUGUGAAUUAAUGUAGGUAUUUAUCAGCAAUAUUACUGAAGCUGCACUGUAGCUGACUACAUACUGCUAUCAUUUUUCAUCACUGUCAUUCAGACUAUUUGAACAAGCAUUUUUUUUUUUUUAUUCCCCCCCCCCCCCCCCCCCCCCCCCAUUUCAAAUUGAUGUGGUGUCUAAGUAUGUUUAAUUGCCCUGCAAGUGGUUGAGAAAAAAAUAUGGGACACCUUUUCUACCAUUUACGGUAAUUUGUUCUAAAUCUAAUACAUUUUGAUAAAUAAAGAAUUUCUAGCCCACAAAA